AUGGCCACGCACACACGUCGUUCAGCAACGAAGACAGCAGCUGCCAACACAGCGCCCCUGGGUGCAAGCAACAAGGAAAAUGCGAAGGCUUCAAAGGCCUCAUCCGGAAAGAAAAGUAAGAAAAAGGGGUCGGACGAUAACAACAAUGGCGACGAGGUCCUCCUGAAUGUGAUGAAGCGGAUGGAGCAGUUUGAGGCACUCCUCACAGCCGCACAGAAGGAAAAUGACACCCUUCGUGCGCGAUUGGGUACUGACACAGAGCCGGCUCCCAGGGAAGGGUGCGCAAACCCAGACGAAAACGCGGCUGGUCCCAAAGAUGGGGAUAUGGCGAGAGGCGGGGGUGGUGACGAGGCUAGCGUGACCGGCGGCGGUGAUGGUGGUGACAAUGAGGACGUCGACAUUGCUGUGUUUAAGGACAAGAUAGCUGAAUUGGAAAAACAACUGGCCGCCAAGAAUGCUAUCAUCGAAACCACCACAGCGACCGCCAACGCGACAGGCCCACCGCCGAAGCCUACGGUCCCUGAUGGAUCCAUCCUCCGCCCUCGAGGAAACUUCUCCAUCCAAGUGGCCAUGGGACUUGCUGGGUCGGAGAAGAAACAUAGCAUCUACCAAGCACUUGUGCGAGCCAUCAAGCAUAUAUCAGGCCAGAGUCCUCUUCAAUAUCACCUGACGUGGGCUGAAAAUUCAAACGAGGACAAAGUUAGGGUAUUCCGAAAGUGCAGAGAGGCACAUCCAUUUCUCAGGCGGUUCCACAACGACUGGGCAACAGAGGCUAUCCGGAAGCAAUGGUUCAAAAAUCGUGGAGGCAACGCGUACGCAAACGGUUACCUGGAAGUACCACCCAAGUAUGCAUACGUGAAGGACAACGCGGCCAAGCGCAACCCCAACGGAUCGCGAGUCAAGAAAUCCAAGAUCGUCCUCGCUAAGAAGAAGAACGAAAAACGAGCGAGGCUUGCUAAAAGCAAGCAUCGAACGGCGGCGACAUCGACAGCGAGGGCUGACGCCGAGGAAGAAGCUGAGGACGGAAUGAGUGUUGACGAGAGCAGUGGGGACGAGGGCAGUGGGGAAGAAUGA